GCCAAUUUCUGAGAACACAUCAGCAUUCUCGGCGGCAGCGCCACUGCAGAACGCACUGACACAUCGAGCGCAUCGACGAAAGAGCAGUAGUUACAUUACGCGUCGAGCGCUUCUUGCUGCAGCGUAUCCACCCUUAAGCGCUCCGCUUCGUUCUCGUGAAGCGCUCAUGGAAACGGCAAUACUCGAGAGGGGGGCGUCGCCGAGGCGUCUUCUGUGGGCCUCCAUUGGCAGGGCUACAGAGCGCGAGCGUUCGCCGUCUUUUCAUGAUUCUGACCUCUUCGAGGAAGAAACGGAAAGCCUCCCACGUUACCUUAAAGAACUUCCAGGCUCCCGUGACCACAAGAAGCUCGCUAUUACGCCGCUAGCACAAUCUUCAAGAAACUUCCUGCGACCGUGUCUGACGUCUGUGCCCAACAUCAUCGCCGAAAUGGUGACAGCGGCUCACUAUAAGCUGUUGCAGGAUACCCUGAUGUGUUGCACAUAUAAAAAUGGACUCGACUGCAGCAAUGGGAAUGCUGAGACCAUCGUCGGCAGCGAUGGCCUUCUGUCGGCUAGCGUGGACGCAAGCGUCUUAUGUAGCAUUGCAGCCAAACCUGCUCAAUGGUUUCGGUUGGGCCAAGUCCACACUGCACCUCGACUUGUCUGCGCACUUCAAGGAAAGGUUGCGGAGUUCGUCGAUCUUUGUUCGUGCGGCUCCCACACGCGCCGACAUCCGCUACCAGGCGACGUUGCGCAUACUCCAACUGUCGGAGGACUGCUGGCCUGUCGGCGCGAAGCCUGUGUUGAUUCACCUCAAAGAGGGCUUCGUUCACGAACUGCUUCCGGACAGCCCCCAGACAUUGAACCACCCAGUAGUGUUUCCUUAUGGAAGGGAGGAAGCCUCAUCACUGGACGAUCGCACACCGGUCGAUUUCGCUUCUUUGGGACCCUAUAGCUUCCCCUCCCCGACGACGGAGUUUGACGACAGCUGUCCGUGGCAGGAAGGGUUCGACGCACGGGGCACGCGUGGACAGAAUUUAUUCCAACGUCAGAUCCUGGCAGAACCAUUCGGCCACCAGGAAAAAGUGCAGCAUCCUCGUUUUCAUAGCGUAAUUGAGAAGGGCUUCACGUCUGAAAUUGCCUCCUGCGACGACGAUUUCCCUGUGGACAGGGGGCAGGCGACCUUCUUCCGGGACCUGGACAGUGAGGCUCUGCUGCGCCUGAUCCAUCUGGACCAGCGCCGUCCUCCGACCACGCUGCCUCCGUGGAGCCGCUGGCCGCAGCAUCGGCGUUGUCCCUGCGACAAGCGGCAUCCGGCGGUGCGGUUCGGCGUCGGUACUUGCGAGGAAGACGUCUUCGAGGGGCGCAAUGCUUGGCCAUCGGCUGAGCCGAGGUUUUUUUAGCAUUGUUUUACGUAACAUUUAUUCAUUUGUAAAUUUCUUUACCAGCCUUUUGUUAGUGUAAUUAUGUUCUCUAGUUUACUUUGUAACGAUAUAUUUUUAUUGUUUGACCUUGCGCCGUCAUGUUCGCGAUAAACAUAUAGUAGUGGCGUUUGUACUGUCGGUGUCAAAUAAAACGCUGGUGCAUGGCUGAAGGUAGUUUUCUCCACCUUCUGUAGUCAUCUUCGGUGUUCGUCAGCGAGGAUGCGCGCUGAAGAGCGUUGCAAUUGCUUAUGAUUUCUUUGAUGGUCGUUAUCUUGUUUUGUCGCUAAAGCGACACGUCAUAAAAUGGUCGCAACUAUAUAUACUGGUCCAGUAGCACAUUGUUUGCAGCCAGUGCAGUUGAUGUGAGAGCGUUUGGCAUCAAAGAAAAGACACCAUGAUAGGUCUCUUAGAAGCGCAUCUUCGAUUCCUCCAGCCAAACAGAAUAUGCAUGGCUGUCUCUGAAGGUCACUGGUAGAAGGCGCACUCUACCUUUGGCCAUGCGAUCCAGUUUUCGCAUUUAGCUUCAAGU